AUGUCGUCCCAGGCGGAGAACGUGGCGGAACUUUUAGAAAUAGACAUAUGUGACGGUGACAUCUGCUCGGAGGGGGAGAGCGGAGUGUUCAUCAACUCAGGGUCAGGAUCUCCGAGCCCCCGCUCCUCCAUAGUGGACUGUCUGUUGGUGGAGAUCUAUGACACCUACAGCAGCGCUCGGCUCAGUGUUGACUGCCCGGAUAGCAGUACCGAGGCGUCCAGCUCUGAGCUGUUCUGCCGCAGUAAUACUGGAUCCAGCUUUCUCCAGGAACUACAGGAGAAACACACCAGGAGACACCAGGUCAACUACCUGUCUCAGAAAGCACCAGAAGAGUUGAGCUGUAUCAUAGGAGAGGUACGCUACAGGACCGGUCUCCAGUCAGCCAAGCUGCUGCGCCAGCUGAAGAGGAGAGACCGCCUCAGUCACAAGCUCCAGAAGAACUAUGACAUCAUCACCGCCUGUCUGCAGGCCGUGUCCCAGAAGAGAAGAGUGGACACCAGGUUAAAGUUCACCAUCGAACCUUCUCUGGGCAAGAACGGCUUCCAACAGUGGUAUGAUGCUCUGAAGGCUGUGGUCAGACUUCCUACAGGCAUCCCUAAAGAGUGGAGGAAGAGGGUAUGGCUGACUCUAGCUGAUCAGUACCUCCACAGUAUCUCUAUCGACUGGGACAAAACUCUGCGCUUCGCUUUCAACGAACGCAGUAACCCUGACGAUGACUCACUGGGCAUCCAGAUUGUUAAGGACCUACACAGGACAGGUUGUAGUUCAUACUCCGGCCAGGAGGGGGAGCAGGACCGGGUGGUGCUGAAGAGGGUGCUCCUGGCGUACGCUCGCUGGAAUAAGGCUGUAGGAUACUGUCAGGGCUUCAACGUACUGGCGGCGCUCAUACUGGAGGUUACAGAGGGCAACGAGAGCCACGCACUAAAGGUGAUGAUCUACCUGAUAGACAAGGUGCUACCAGAGAGCUAUUUUGCCAACAACCUGCGUUCUCUGUCUGUGGACAUGGCUGUGUUUAGAGAUCUCCUGAGGAUGAAGCUGCCUCAUCUCUCACAGCACCUACACCUCCUGCAGAAGACUGCUGAUAGAGAGGCUGGAGGCAGCUACGAGCCUCCCCUGACCAACGUGUUCACGAUGCAGUGGUUUCUGACCAUGUUUGCUACCUGCCUGCCCCCCAACACCGUGCUGAAGAUCUGGGACUCUGUGUUCUUCGAAGGUUCUGAGGUUCUGCUGAGGGUGGCUCUGGCCAUCUGGUCUCACCUGGGGGAGCAUAUAGAGUACUGUCAGACAGCAGACGAGUUCUACAGCACCAUGGGAUGGAUCACUCAGGAGAUGUUGGAGAACAGCCUCAUAGACUGUAGCCACCUCAUGCAGACGGUGUACUCUAUGGCUGUGUUUCCAUUCCCUCAGCUGGCUGAACUCCGGGAGAAAUACACCUACAACAUCACCCCUUCCCCACCUCCACCCCCAACGGCAGUGGUGGUCUAGGUGGCUGGGAGGGUGAUGAAGACGAGGAUGAAGAUGAAGAUGCAGUGGUGACAGCAGCGUUGGGAUGUUUGGGUCCACUGGGGGGGCUGUUAGCUCCAGAACUACAGCGAUACCAGAGACACAUUAAAGGUUGGUCUGACCCCUGACCUCUUACCUA